AUAAAAAUUCAAUUAAUUUUUUUUUAGAGUGAAACAUAUAUUUGCUAAAUGCACUUAUCGGCAAGCAAAUUUUCGAAUUAUUAAAAGUUAAUGAAGCUUUUAAUUGAUUUGGUGAUGUACACGGUUCGAUGGAAAUGAUUCUCGUUCGGAUAUAAUUAGUUGUGACAAAAAGCGAAAAACGUGUUGCAAUUUUUUUCCCUAUUUUACACACAUAUCAAAAGGCAAGCGACAACAAAGACGAUUGAACAACUGUAUGUGUGUAAACGAGUAAGUGAGAAAGAGCCACGAAAAAAGAAAACAAACAGCAACAAAAAAGUGUAGCUCGUUUGGCAAAUCAACAUUUUUAAAAUUGCAACAACAACAACAACAAUUAAAAGGCGACGACGACGACGACGACGAAAUUGAGAAAAUUAUUUUGGAAUAAUUUCGUUGAAUUUGUAAAUGUUUCCUCACAAUGGUGUGUAAAGAAGAAGUCGCGCUUUGGUUCAAGGAACUUGAAAGUUAUAAGCGGAUAGAUGCCAUGUGUACUUUAUUGAAUAUGUGUCUGCCGUUUGAGCUACGAUUUUUGGGCACAUGUUUAGAGGAACUGGGCGGACGUGAUUCGAAAGAGCUUCGCGGUAUCGAAUUACGUGUAAAUAAUUCCAAUGAAUUGUCACAAGAAAUUGCCUCGUCACAAUUAUGCGAUCCAUCCGACAUAAAAGUUCGACGAAAAAUGGCAUUGUAUUUUGCGUUGAUCCGAGCCUGUAAUCGACCUUGUGUCAAUGAAUUGUUCAAUAUUUUGUGUUCGUGGAGUAAUAAUGAGUUUUUAAAACGCGCCAAAGCCGAUGCACUACAAGAAUUACUUCUGGUCUAUACAAUGGCAGCCAAUCAUCCGGUGUUUUCGUUUGAACAACGUAUGAAAUGCGGUGAAAUUUAUAAUAGCAUCUUGAGUGGAAAUCCAGAAAUUUCGUAUGCAGAUGUUCCAGUUGUUGAUAAUGUACACACAAAAUCCGUUAACGAAGCCAAUUCCAGCUCAUCAUCGAAUAUUGUGUAUUCACAGAAACAUGUUCAAGGUGAACAAAUUAUGCCUAUGUUUGCAAUUCCAAAUCCAAGUGGAAACGUGACUCAGGUGGCUUUUGACCAGAAUCGCGGGCCUCAGAUUAUACAUCGUGAGGUCGUAAACAUAGCACCACAUCAUAUUUAUGCUGAGGGUGUGCAGCCAGGUUUUCAUCAUAACAUUGCAAAUGUAUGUCAAACGACUACGCCAAAUGUGGCUUCCUUUACUGCAUCCCGGUCAAGUCAACAACAACAACAGCAACAGCAGCAGCAGGCACAGGCUGCCACACAACAGCAUAUUAAUACAAGCAGUGCAACGAAUCUAACGUAUUCACUGCAAAAUCUUAGUUUGGUUGAUAAUAAUUUAGUUUAUGUACAUAGUGAUGGAAUUCCAAUAAUGCGCAAAUCAGAAAGUGAAUCAAUUAGUUCAGGUGAAUCAAUUGAAGACUCCACACCGCCGGAUACGCCAUUAAAUACAGAUAUAUCGAAUUCGGGCAUAAGUGGCAGUAGUAAUAGUAGCAGUAAUAAAAAAUUUAAAGUUCGUGGUGAUCCGAAAUUAUCGUCGCGACAUAAAGUGUCUGCACAGCAUCAGCCGCCGCAACAAAUACUUUAUACACAUAUAAUGCCACAGAUACCUGCAUCGGCCGCAUUAAGUAGCGAAAUUGUACUUGCACCGCCGAAUGUGUCACAGUCACAAUCACAACAAACGAUACCACAGUCACAGCCGCCACAACCGACGCCACAAACAAUGCAAACCAUCAAUUCACCUGCACCCAUACAGGCAAUUGGCAUUGCAAGUCCACAAGUUUUAUUUCAACAGUAUGCACAGCCAACACAUCCAUUGCAAAAGUCACAAAUGAACCAAACAUAUCCAUACACACAACAACAUUUACCAAUGAAUAAUCGAUCGGCGAUACUGUCACCGAAUACAACAACGUCGGCAGUACCACAAUCGGCGGUACAAUCGUAUCGAUUACCAUCAUACCAUAUGCAACCAAAUGGUGAUGUGAUCUAUCAACUUCCGUCAACAUUUGCGUAUAUGCCACAAACGGCCUUACCAUUAACACGACCCCCAUCAACAUGCAAUCAAACACACACGGUUGUACCAACGAUGCAACAUUUACCAACGUUAACUAGUCUGUCAUCGAAAACAAAUCAAAAUGCAAUGGUUUCACCGUUUUUAUUGGCCAACGAAAAUGCCAAACCGAAUACAUCGUGUUUUAAUUGUGGUUCGAGCCAACACACUGGACAAGAGUGUCAAGAGGCAUCAAUGGAAGAUGUAACACGUGGAAUUUAUAAAUUGGAUUACAAUUCAACUCUAGUGAAUGAUACGCUGAAAUCAACCGAAUUAGAUAAUGGAAGUGGUGGUGGAGGCGGCGGCAGCGGUGGCAGUAUUGGUGUAAAAACUACAGAUUCAAUCACACACAUGUCAUCGUCCGUUGUGAACAAAUAAUCGUUUCAGAAGAUCUACUAGAAAUGGGGACUCAGCAUACUAUGUGUUAGCAUAAUCAUAAAUUAAAUGAAAAUGACAUACAAUAAGUGUCGUUAAAGCACGUUACAAUCGACAAAUCACCAAACUGAAUCAGCUGGCAUACUGUCAUUUUGGAACAGGAUAAACAGUGGAAUAAUUAAACAGUGCCAUCACUCAAUCACAAAUUACAUUACGGAACAUCAGCUGGAAUGCGAUUUUAUAGCGGUAUUUUACAAACAUAACUCAAACAAAUACCCAUACAACACACAAACACACACAGAAAUUAGGACACUGGUCAAGAUACACACAGCAAGAGAGAGAGAGAGAGAGAGAGAGAGAGAGAGAGAGAGAGAGAGAGACAG